AUGUCUACAGUUGUUCAAGAAAAAUUUAAGUGUAAGCAUAUUUUUCGAGAUGUGGAGAUCAUCAUCAGAAUUAAACCGACUCAGCCUCUAAGAAGGAGGACUGCUGGACCUGAGUAUUUGAAGUCUCUUCGGGGUGUGAAGAAAUUGACUGUAUUCUUUAAAAUAUCCAAAAGUAUCGGUGCCCUGAUUGGAUUAGGAAUCGCUGCCCUUGUUUUACUUGCCUUUGUCGUCAGCGUCUGUGUCCUUUGCUAUUUAUUUCUGUGUACAAAGCCUCAAAGAUUAGACACUGGUCUUAAACUUCAACACCUAGAGGCUUCUUCCACUCAUGAAGGCAAGUCAAAUAGAAAAACCAAAGCCUUCAAUUCAAAUGCAGCAUCAAAUUCAACAAAUGAAACAUCCUAUGAAGCUGAUGAUAUAAUUCAAGGAAAAACAAUGGAUUCAACACAAAUCCAUAUUGCUUAUUAGCUGAAAAUUGUGUUUUAAAUGCUCACUGGAGAGAUGGAGCAAUAAAAAUAAAGAAUGAAUUUGAAACAGA